UGCACAGCGCACACCGCCCAGGGAGGCGCGCGGCAAAGUCCUCUGCAAACAACUUGCUCAGGAGUGGUGCAGAUCCGCGUGCGCUCAUAUAUCUGCGGGUUUUCCUUGCAAAUCCCCUGCAGGCAGAGUUCGCUCAACUAGUUGAACUGGCUCUUUCUGUCUUGUUUUUUUGGCAAACUCAGAAUUUCCUUCCUGAUAAAAACGGACGGCGGGCUCCCCAAUUGGGCGCUGCGUUGGAGAGGAUGUGACAUCAGGCACAUCUCUCGCUUCGCCGGAUCGCUGGCAGCCUACCAGAGCAGCCAGGGAGCUGUUUCGUUAAAUCUCAACCCAGGUACUCGAGUUUCUGCACGAAGUGCUGCCAGCACCACGUCCCGGUCUGCUGCAAGGUCUGUUUGACUUGUCCGUGCAGAGUUUGCUUAAUAGAUCACUUCCACUGCUGGGGGCUUGCCGGGAAUGAUGGAAUUUGAACUCUCGAGAACAACCGCGAAGUGAAAAAACAGAAAUCGGACAGACGAGGCUGAGAUGGAUGAUGAGGGAACAAAUCAAAACUCCAGCAAAUUGCAAGGAGCUGGAGGCCAGGCGUCUGCAACAUCUCCAUCAAACCCACAGAUGAGAGACUUUGUUUCAGACUGGUCUCCUUUACACGAUGCCUCUAUCCAUGGGCGUCUGCUUACUCUGAAAAAACUCAUCAAACAGGGGAGUGAUGUUAAUCUUGUUACAGCAGACCAGGUGUCUCCUCUCCAUGAAGCCUGCCUAGGGGGUCAUGCUGCUUGUGCCAGUAUCCUAUUAAAACAUGGUGCUCAGGUGAAUGGAGUUACUGUCGACUGGCACACUCCAUUGUUCAGCGCUUGUGUCAGUGGCAGUGUGGCUUGCUUGAAUUUAUUGCUGCAGCAUGGAGCCAGCCUACAGCCACCCUGUGACUUGGCAUCCCCCAUCCAUGAAGCUGCUAAGAGAGGUCAUGUGCAAUGUGUCGAAUUUCUCGCAUCCCAUGGGGCAAAUAUAGAUCACAACAUCAAGCAUCUGGGUACUCCCCUUUAUGCAGCUUGUGAGAACCUGCAAGUGAACUGUGCCAAGAAGCUGCUUGAGUCAGGAGCAAAUGUGAACAGUGGCAAGGGCCUGGACUCCCCUCUGCACGCAGCUGCCAGAAAUGGCAGUGUGGAGCUGGUGACACUGCUGAUUGACUUUGGAGCGGACAUUUGGGUGAAGAAUGACGAAAGCAAGAGGCCGAUGGAGCUGGUCCCACCUGGCAGUCCUGUGGGCCGACUGUUCCUGCAGAAAGAAGAAAGAAGUCCUGCUGCCACAAUCCAAAGUGUGGUUACAACCGCUCUGUGCUCUCCCGGGUGCUCCCCUGGGAAUACCAGCUGCCUGGUACAUGUGGGAGCGCGGAUGCUGAAGCUCCGGCUCUCCUGCCUGCUGCCCUGCUCCCUCUCCAGCUCUAAACAGUGGUGCAUCUGCAUCACCUGGGAGCAGCAGCGCACCCACCGCCUCCCCUGAGGGGCUACCACCACAUCACCCCUGCAUUGAAGGGGCAGGCCAAGCACUUCGGCGCUCUUGGGGACCGUUUUCUUUUUCCUUUUGCUGUGGAGACUCCUGCAAGAGUGGGCUUGGUGUGCAAAAACCGUGACGACAUCGUUAACGCCAGCAGUGAGGUAUACAGAGUCCUCAUCUUGUAAGUGGAGAGGCUGGCAGCCUUCAAAUACACUGACUUAUUUUGAUUUUUACUAGUGUGCCGGUGUGUGUGGUGCAAGCCUUCCUUUCGCACAAGAGAAGUUAAAGAGGAUGGACCAAAUGCUACCUGGAUGCUCAUAUUUGAUGUAAAUUACAAUUCAGAUCCGUGGCUCGACAGCAUAACUGCUGGCUAUAGGUAUCCAGUAUGAUGGUUUGAUUUUUUUGUGCUGACCAAACACGGCAAGAGCUGUUCUGUUGGUUUUGUGGGACACUGAGGUGUACCCUAACAGGACAAAAUGACAAACACAGUUAGGUCCGUAACUCCCCUUGUGAUAGAGAGGCCUAGAAACCUUCACUUAUCUGACUCAAUUCAUCACACAUAAUUUGAGCCAUGUGAAAAUUCACUGGUUGGUUUAAGAUAGCCUUCUAUGUUCUUUCCUUCCUGCUGGGGAAGGAAAAUAAACAGCUGUCUUCAUAGGAUGAAUAAAAGCAGGCAUCUUGGAUGGGAAAAGUGAAUCAUUCUAAAAUCAGUAUCUUCCUUAGUCUGAAUCUGCAUGGAACAGGCAGGGAACAGACAAUGAACUUAGUGCUUAACUUUUGAAGAUUAAAGUGUGAAGAAUCCCUGCUUUGGUGACAGAUUUUAAAGCUGAAGAUCCAGUUUAUUAUAUUUUAGAUGACGAAGAACCUCUUUUUUAUGUACUCAUUUUAUCAUUUACCUUUAAGCAUCUUAUGCUGUAACUUCAACCAAUGGAUUUAUAGCAGUAAUGCUAAUACCAGGAGAAAAUUGCUCUGAGAAGGUGGUGAUAGUGUUGCUUCUAGAUAGCUUUUCUUCUGGAAAUUCUGUAGUGUGACUGUUUACUCAAAUCUCUGAUCAAGUGUAAUUAUGAUGAAUUUUGUAUGCUCAGCUUCUAUCAUCUCAGUAUGUUUGCUUAUUUAUUUUAAUAUAAAUUGUGAUCAAUACCAGUGAAUUGCAGCUUUAUACAUCAACACUUAUCCAGUUAUAAAUUGUAAAAGUUGUCCAAGAUGCAAACUGAAUAAGCUUAUUAUAGGUGAGGUUUGGAUCUUUUUCUAUAUUUAAAACCAUUCCAAAUGUAAUGCAGGAUUGAAAGAUUGUCAGGAAUAUAUUUUACCAGAUUCUUUACUAUGAUUUUGUUAGCAGUCUAAUGGUAGUCAAAUUACAAUUGUACAGACUAUUUGCUCAAAAGUAAAUAGUUUAUACUCUUUUUGAUUUUCAGUCAUUUUUAAAAUAAUAGAACUAAUUUCAUGGAUUGUCUGAUAACUAUGGAAUUUCGAACUGAACUCUAAUUGUUUGCAAUCCUGUCUACAGACAGAGAGUGUACAGAAUAAUUCCUUCAAAUAGUCCUAUAGUAAAGAUAAGACUAAAAUUCAAAUACUGUGCAAAUCUUGUCUUUUGUUGAUGAUUUAAGGUAGAGUUAGACUCUUGCAAUUCUUUUUCUGCUCACUUGAGGGUUAGUGAAACAGAGCCAUCGAUUUCACAAAGUAGGAAAAGAUGUAAAGUAAAAUGGUCAUGGUCUUUA